CGACAGCACCGCUAACUGUUCAACGGUCCUCCUGUGUGAGUGACAGCCGGUAGCCUCCGCCCAGGCCAGAACCGUUUCAGCCGGGCUGCCUGCCUCCUGCUUUUACCCGCAACCAGGGGGUUGAAGGAAUGGCCGAUAACAUCCCUCUUCAACCCGUGAGGCGACCAAAAAGACACGACAAUAAAAACAGAAAUGGGUGCUGCCCAUGGUCAAGAUGCUGUGGCAUGGGAGAUUUCCGUCCCCGAACCGUGUGGCUUGGUCACCCUGAAAAGAGGGAGCAGAGGUACCCGAAGAAUGUCAUUAACAACCAGAAGUACAACUUAUUCACCUUCCUUCCUGGGGUGCUGUUUAAUCAGUUCAAGUACUUCUUCAACUUGUACUUUUUGCUUUUGGCCUGCUCUCAAUUUGUUGAGGAGUUACGCUUAGGUGCCCUCUACACCUACUGGGUCCCUUUGGGACUUGUUUUGAUCAUUACAAUCAUGAGAGAGGCUAUCGAAGAAAUAAGAUGCUACCUUCGAGACAAAGAAGUUAACUCUCAGAUUUACAGCAAGCUUUCAACAAGAGGCACAGUGAAGGUUAAGAGCAGCGGCAUUCAAGUGGGAGAUCUUAUAAUUGUGGAAAAGAACCAGCGUGUUCCUGCUGACAUGAUCUUUUUAAGGACCUCUGAAAGAAAUGGCUCCUGCUUCUUGCGGACUGACCAGCUGGAUGGAGAGACGGACUGGAAACUGCGCCUCCCUGUGGCCUGCACCCAGAGGCUGCCAACUGCCGCUGACCUUCUCCAAAUCCGAUCAUAUGUGUAUGCAGAGGAGCCAAACAUUGACAUCCAUAACUUUAUUGGGACUUUUACACGGGAGGACGGAGACCCACCGGUUAAUGAAAGUCUCAGCAUUGAGAACACUCUCUGGGCCAGCACUGUUGUUGCUUCUGGCACAGUGGUGGGGGUGGUGAUUUACACAGGCAAGGAGCUGCGCAGUGUCAUGAACACCUCCAACCCAAGGCACAAGGUGGGUUUGUUUGACCUAGAGGUGAACUGUUUGACAAAGAUCUUAUUUGGGGCCCUGGUUGUGGUGUCACUGGUCAUGGUGGCCCUCCAACACUUUGCCGGCCGUUGGUACCUCCAGAUUUUUCGCUUUUUGCUUCUCUUCUCCCACAUUGUGCCCAUAAGUUUGCGUGUCAACCUGGAUAUGGGAAAGAUGGUUUUCAGUUGGAUGAUUAAGAAAGACUCCAAAAUCCCAGGGACAGUGGUGAGGGCGAGUACCAUACCUGAACAGCUCGGACGCAUCUCCUACCUGCUGACUGACAAAACAGGCACUCUUACUCUAAAUGAAAUGGUGUUCAGGCGCCUCCAUCUUGGGACUGUAGCAUACGGGAUGGACUCUAUGGAUGAAGUACAGAGCCAUGUGUUCAGUGCCUAUACACAGCCCAACCAUGAUCUUCCAGCCUCAAGGGCUCCAGCAGCCACCAAAGUCCGAAAAACAAUCAGCAGUAGAGUUCAUGAAGCUGUGAAAGCCAUCGCUUUAGUCCAUAAUGUGACGCCUGUGUACGAGUCUAACGGUGUGACGGACCAGGCAGAGGCAGAACAGCACUACGAGGACACCUGCAGGGUCUACCAGGCGUCAAGCCCAGAUGAGGUGUCGCUGGUGCAGUGGACUGAGAGUGUUGGGCUGACUCUGGUAGGAAGAGACCAGUCGUCCAUACAGCUGCGGACACCUACUGGACAAAUACUGAACUUCACCAUCCUUCAGAUAUUUCCCUUCACCUAUGAGAGCAAGAGGAUGGGCAUUAUAGUGCGAGAUGAAUCGACAGGAGAGAUAACCUUCUACAUGAAAGGUGCUGAUGUGGUGAUGGCAGGCAUCGUCCAGUACAACGACUGGCUGGAGGAGGAGUGUGGAAACAUGGCGAGGGAAGGUUUGAGGGUCCUUGUGGUUUCCAAAAAGUCCCUAACAGAAGAACAGUAUCAAGAUUUUGAGGCACGCUAUGUCCAAGCCAAGCUCAGCGUCCAUGACCGCUCCCUGAAAGUGGCCACCGUGAUUGAGAGCCUGGAGAUGGAGAUGGAGUUGUUGUGUCUGACUGGGGUUGAGGACCAACUCCAGACCGAUGUCAGGCCCACCCUAGAGAUCCUCCGCAAUGCAGGCAUCAAGGUUUGGAUGCUGACAGGAGACAAGCUUGAGACCGCCACAUGCACUGCAAAAAAUGCCCAUCUGAUCACCCGCAAUCAGGACAUCCAUAUUUUCAGACCGGUGACAACACGAGGGGAAGCCCACCUGGAGCUUAACGCUUUCAGAAGAAAACAUGACUGUGCUCUGGUGAUAUCAGGGGACUCGCUUGAAGUUUGUUUAAAAUAUUACGAGUAUGAGUUCAUGGAGCUUGCGUGUCAAUGUCCCGCUGUGGUUUGCUGCCGGUGCACCCCGACUCAAAAGGCACAAAUAGUCCGCUUGUUGCAGGAGCGCACCGGAAAACUCACCUGUGCUGUGGGGGAUGGAGGAAACGAUGUCAGCAUGAUCCAGGAAGCUGACUGUGGGGUGGGAGUCGAGGGAAAAGAAGGAAAACAAGCCUCUUUGGCCGCCGACUUUUCUGUGACUCAAUUCAAACACUUAGGCCGUCUCCUCAUGGUCCACGGUCGGAACAGCUACAAACGAUCUGCAGCCCUAAGCCAGUUUGUCAUCCACAGGAGUCUGUGCAUCAGCACCAUGCAGGCGGUUUUCUCCUCUGUUUUCUAUUUUGCCUCAGUCCCACUCUACCAAGGGUUCCUGAUUAUUGGUUACUCCACUGCCUACACCAUGUUCCCCGUCUUUUCUCUGGUGCUGGACAAAGAUGUCAAGUCAGAAGUUGCCAUGCUAUACCCAGAAUUAUAUAAAGAUCUAUUAAAGGGUCGACCACUCUCUUUUAAGACCUUCCUAGUGUGGGUCUUAAUAAGUAUAUAUCAAGGGAGCAUCAUCAUGUAUGGCGCCCUGCUGCUCUUCGAGUCCGAAUUCGUCCACAUCGUUGCCAUUUCAUUUACCUCCCUAAUUCUGACCGAGUUGCUGAUGGUGGCUCUGACCAUUCAGACGUGGCACUGGCUCAUGAUAGUUGGUGAGCUCCUGAGCUUGGCGUGCUACGUCGCCUCACUGGUCUUUCUGCACGAAUUCAUAGACGUGCACUUCAUAACGACAGUAUCGUUCCUGUGGAAGGUGACGGCCAUCACGCUGGUCAGCUGUCUGCCCCUCUACAUCCUAAAGUACCUGCGAAGGCGCUUCUCUCCACCCAAUUACUCCAAGCUGACUUCCUAACAGCUGAGUCUCUGGUCUCACAGUCGGAAUAAAGAUUUCCUGAUCUUUACGUUGCAAAGCCUGCGGCUUGAACAGAGGGCUGAAAAAGACCCUCAUAACCCUUUCAUUUGUCCUGGACACCCUCUGGAAGGUGUACUAGUUUACCACGCGUUUACAGUGUUAGUUUAUUCCGCAAGGACUGAUCCAUGAUGACUCUGAGUAGGGAAGGCCUGCAGUCAAUUCUGGGUUGAGUGAAACUGAGCAGAUUCAAGUAGUUAUAGUAAAAAUAUCUAUAGAGGCAGCCCUGUCAUCAUCGCGAAUUUUAAAAUGUAUGUCCCUCAGCUUUUCAGACUGGAAAUUAAUUGGUAAAUUAUGCAAAGCCAGUGUGUUUUAUAAUACAAAAAGCAGUAUCAGUGACUAGCAAAGUGAAAGUUAUAUAUGUGUAAUGUGGUAAGGAAACCGAUUUGCUCUAAAUUACAUGGUUAGUACAGAUAUUUUUCCGAUUAAAAAGGUGAGAUUGACAUAGAGCUCUCACUGGACACGUGAUUCACGGUGUCCGUAAACAUUGAAUUCUAAAUUAUAUGGUGUAAAAGGGUUUACUGGCUUAACUAAAAACACAUUCGCAAGUAUAUUUGUUUGUUGAUGCGUCACCCCGAAGCUACAGCUCAGCACAGCGGAGGUGGUGCGGUGCGUUAUUUUAGAAUGACCCCUCGCGUCUGAUGUUAAAUUUGUUUCUGCGACUUUGUACGGAGCCCAAGUUGUUAGUGUUUGCGGAGUCUGGUCAGAGCUCCCGGGUAUUUGCAGCCAAACUCUCCACCGGGUUCUCCACAAGCCUCAGGUCCUCGAAAGGAAUGCGCAGGCCGUAGUGUUUUCCUGCUUUUCUCCACGCUUUUCAACUUUGCAUGACAACUCGCUGGAACAUCGACCCAUAACGCAUCACAGCAUCCGGCAUCCCGGGUCCCCAUUUUAUGUCACAAACUUCUCCGCAGUUAGGCUGUGAAAUGAUAAAAAAAAAAAGGGAUCAAAUUGUUCCUACUCAGUCAAAUGUCAUGUAAAUAUUCUUACAGUCAUAGGAUUGUAAUUACUGCACUUAAAAAAAAAGAUGCUAAACUACACUACUUCAUUUUCAUCUCACUGCUAUUGUGUGUAUUUACUCAACAGAAAAAAACAUGAUCACUUUGUCACUUUUUUUCAGAUUUUCUUUUCGAAUUAAAAAGUGUUUCGUCAUUGUAAUUGAUUAAUAAAGAAGGGCGGUUGGUGUACAGUAAUUAAGCUUUUCUGGUUAAUCUUUUUUUUUUAUAGUAGUGAAUGUCUAAUUUUGUCAAUCUCAAAAAUAUGUUUUCAUAAAACUCCUGUCUAGUUUAUGUUGCAAUGGUGCACAGUGUGUAUUAUGCUAAAAAAAUGCUUGUAUGUACAUAAUUUAUCUUUUUAUUUGAUAUGUUUUAUUUAAAGAUCUUGAUUUAAUUCAGAUAAGCAGAACAAAAAAGGGACAGUUGUAAUGAUGUCAUUGUCAUGAUUAUUAAUAAAUAUGUUGUUUUUUUUCUUCCCAGUGUCUAUUUCCUUUUCCCUACCUAGAAAAAGAAAGCUUUUACUUAAUGAUUUUAUUUUUACAUAAGGACAAAAUCUGUUAUUUUGAAAAGGGUAACAGUAUUUUUUAUUUAUUUUACAUGAGGAAUUAUGUUCUUUUUUCAGAACUAUGCACAGUUGUGGAAUAAUUUAUCUGUGUUACUUAAGUUAUUACAGUUUACAG